AUGUACUGCAGUUCGGAUGCGAGGAACCGUAGCACCGACCGGGUAGAGAUGUGGCUGCGUGCAGCAUUGCACAGCACACGGAUGAAAGUCGCCUCUCCGGCUGUCAGCUCACCUCAGCUCACCUCGGUCACGGACCACGGUCCGACCCCACCGCAUCCGAACGCAACCAACAGCAUUCGCUCGUUGGCCUGCCUGCCGGAGAAAAGCCUUGCAGCGCAAAGGCAAGCGGAGGGCGACGGGCGAAUUCGAAUGGACACCGGCAGCGGGCGGAAGGCGAUGGCGCCAUGCAAGCACAAACGCGCGCUGGGCUGGCGGAUCGACAUCGUAGAGUACAUGCAGCGGUCGUAG